GUGUUGCUGAUAACUUCAGUUUGUUCUAUGACAGCAUGGGCGUUCCUGGUCUUUGUUCUAUUUUAUUAUCAGUGCCAGUCUAAGCAACAGUGAUGUGUCAAAUAUUUUUAAAAAUAAAUUAAAGAACCAAAGAUUUUACAAGUUAUUUAUUUAAAUUCACAGUUUACAAAAUAUAAAUAAAUAAAUACAUGCAUAAAUUUUAAAAAAAUUAAAGCGAGAUGAAGAUUUAUAAAAAAAUUUUAAAAUCAAUGACAGCUAACCGCCAAUUUAUAUUUUCGUUCAGCAAAAUAUUUAUUUAAAUCAAUAUCUCAAAUAAAAAAUAAAAAUUAUUAAUCUACUGUCUGAACAGUAAAUAUAUUUAUAUAAGUAUAUGAAUAUUUAAAAUUCAUAACAAAGUAUCCAAUGAUACUGACAUAAUUUUUUUUUUAAUUUUAUGUAUCACACAAAGAGCGAUAGUUAUUUUUUUUAUGAUUCUUACAUACAAAAACAAGUCAUAUGACCUUCGGAUAAUUUAUUAAGUACUGAGGCUGAGUAAUUGUGUACAAAUAAUGAAACAUAUAAGGAAAUCCAUCUAAUUAAAUCAAAAGUAUAAAAAAAUAUAUUUAUAAUAAAUUAAAAUUAUUUUUAUAAAUGAUAAUUUAAUGACAAGAAAGAGAAAAAAAUAAUAAAAAUAAUUAUUAUGUCUGGAAGUAAUUCACUGAUGGCAACUUCACCACGUAGUGGAACUGCACCAAAUAGAAAUUCACAGAAAUCAACGUUAUUGAAAGUUGUGAUACUUGGGGAUGGUGGAGUUGGUAAAUCAUGUCUGAUGAAUAGAUUCGUUUCAAAUCAUUUUGACGAGCACAGUUUCCAUACUAUUGGAGUUGAGUUUCUGAACAAAGAUAUUGAAAUUAAUGGGGAAGCUUACACUUUACAAAUAUGGGAUACUGCUGGCCAAGAAAGAUUUAAAACGUUAAGAACACCAUUUUACAGAGGCUCUGAUAUUUGCUUACUGACUUAUGCUAUUGAUGACAGAACUAGCUUUAGAAAUUUAGCACUGUGGAGAUCAGAAUUUUUGUAUUACGCUGAUGUACAAGAAGGCUCUUUAUUUCCUUUUAUUGUUGUUGGUAAUAAAGUUGAUGUAGCAGAGACUGAUAAACAAAUAACGACAGAAGAAGCACGUGCUUGGUGUGCAGAAAACGGUAAUCCGCCUUUAGUAGAAACGUCUGCUAAAAAUGCAACAAAUGUUGAAGCAGCUUUUGGUGCAGCUGUUGCAGCUUGGGCUAAACUAGAAGCUAAACUUGAACGUCCAAUUGUUGAAGAUACUAUUGAUCUCUCAAAACAACACUCGCCUCAACGCUCUAGCUGCUGUAUGCCAUUGUCUAGCUCCGAGUAGGUCUUGGUACUAAGAUUAAAUAUUUAAUAUUUUUAUUCGGCUAUUAAUAAAUUAUGCAUGUGGGAAAUAAUUAUUUUACUUUAACCCUAAACUUAUUAACAAUUAAUUAUUGGAGAAAAAAAAAUUUAAUUACUAGUAAGUAACGACAGAUUAUAUAAAUAUUUUUUUUUGUGAUUUAGACCAAAGUUCUCGAUGGAUUUUGUUAGUAAAAAGUUUUUUAUUUUUAGAUUAAUACAAACAUAGUUUAUGUGUUUUUUUGUUUGAUAUAGAAAAUUUUAAAAUACAUUACUCAGUUAUUUUAAUUUUAAUUUUACAAAUAAAUACGAAAGCACUGGGAAUUUUAUCGAGCUUUCGUUUUAGGUAUAAAAAAUAAUUUGAAGCAAGCGCAUGCUCUGUGAAAAAUGCUCAUGGUAUUGAAAAAAAAAUUUUAAUAACAGAUAAUAUUAAUAGUUUAAGAGUAAUCUCACACUGUUAAAAAUCAGGAGUGAAUAGCCUGUGUAAAAAAAAAUCCGUUCUAAAAGAUUUCAAAAAAGUUCGACAUGUGGAACUUCCAAAUUUGAAACAGAUUAGAAUUUUUUUUAAACUUUGUAAUUUUGAUAGUAAAAACAAAUUUUCCCUAGGAUUUUAAAUGAGCGAAAUUUGAGUAAAAGAAGAACGUUUUUAAAACAUAUUUUCAAUAAAUUUAAACCUCGUUUUUUUAAUCUUAUGGGAUAUUGGUUUCUAGCGGGAACUUUUUUGAAACGAGGAUAAAAUGUAGUAAAAUUACUUAAUGUCCUAGACAAACGUUUAUUUUUAUUAUCAAAAUUACGAAAAUUAAAAAAAAGUUCCACUCGAGGUUCUAAUCUGUCUUAAGUUUAAAAGUUUCACAAGUCGAACUUUUUUUGAAUCUUUUUCAUGGAGAAAAAAGUUUGUUUGUUCAGCGAAGUGAUCUUGAUUUUAAAUAAAACCGCAUUCACUCUGCAAAUUUUUUACAGUGCGAGUACUAAUUGAUCAAGACAUCAAUUAAAAAAAAAAAACUCUUAUCAUCACUUAAAAAAAACAAUUUGUUGUUUUUAUUAUUUAUUUACAGUAUUAAAUAAAAUAAAAAAUAGU